ACUGACACACUAUUCAGCAUUUUUGGUUCUCGCUUGAAGCCCGAACAAAAGAUUAACACGACCAAGAGCCGCCAUGGUUGAGUGGACCGAUCAGGAGCGCAGCGUCAUCACCAGCAUUUUCGGUAACCUGGACUACGAUGACAUCGGGCCCAAAGCUCUGUGCAGGUGCCUGAUCGUCUACCCCUGGACUCUGAGGUAUUUCAGUUCCUUCGGCAACCUCUACAACUCCGAGGCCAUCAAGAACAACAAGAAAAUCGCAGACCACGGAAUCAAGGUGCUGCACGGCCUGGACCGCGCCGUGAAGAACAUGGACAACAUCAAGGCCACCUACGCCGAGCUGAGCAUCCUGCACUCCGACACGCUGCACGUCGACCCCGACAACUUCAGGCUGCUGGCUGACUGCCUGACCAUUGUCAUCGCCGCCAAAAUGGGAUCCGCCUUCACCCCGGAGAAGCAGGCCACCUGGCAGAAGUUCCUGGCCGUGGUGGUGUCCGCUCUGGGCCGGCAGUACCACUGAGCCCUGCGGCCCUCCGCACCCGGACACCGGGGGGGUGGGGGAGACCUCGAACGCAUGUUCACACGUGUCACGCGUGUCUCCUGCAUAAAGAAAUAAAAGCAGUCAAAAUCAAA